UCAACCAAAAUUUCUAAUUUCUGCUGCGCACUUGUCUAAAAGCGCUUGCAUCUGACCAAUAAGAUCCGCAAACCAAUUAUAAUACCCUUCCCUCCCUUCUCUUGCCAGGCUUCCUAAAAAAAUCCCAAAGCUUCCCUCCAAUUGCAGAGAAACCCUAAAUUCUUUUUCACUGCACCACACCAAAUCCUCUCCUGCAAAACCCCGACUUCUGUUAAACCCUAGGGUUAAGGGAUGACUUUGUGAGAAAGUCUAGAAAAAUCCGAAAAAGAAUGGGUCGACCUGAGCCUUGUGUCUUGUUCGCUCAGACAUUCGUUCAUCCCCAACUAGACGAGUACGUCGACGAGGUAAUAUUUGCCGAACCUGUUGUGAUCACUUCGUGCGAGUUCCUUGAACAAAAUGCUUCUUCAGUUUCUCCAGUAAUAACACUUCUUGGGGCUACUUCCCCACCUUCAUUUGCUUUGGAGGUUUUUGUUCAGAGUGAAGGGGAAACAAGGUUUAGGCGCUUGUGUCAACCUUUUCUUUAUUCUCACUCUUCAUCAAAUGUGCUAGAAGUUGAGGCUGUAGUAACUAAUCAUCUGGUUGUUAGGGGCAGCUACCGCAGCCUUAGUUUGGUCAUAUAUGGAAACACAGCUGAGGACCUGGGGCAAUACAAUAUAGAGUUUGAUUUAGAUAGCUCUUUGACUAAUGUUGUUUGUUCCUCUGAAGGGAAGCUUGAUGACCUCCCUCCUGCAUUACAUUCAAAAAAUCUAACAAUUGAGGAAUCUAUAUCCUCUCUGAAGGCGUUAUCCCUACCAGUUGCUGCAUCUGAUAUAUCUAUUGAGAUUAAGCAGUUUUUACAGUUGAUGUUCAAGAUAUUGGAGUUGACAAACCUUGGAGAUGCAGUCCAUAAAGUUUUAGACACUGUUGUCUCGGCAGCCUCUUCUUACAGUGCCCAUGACUUGCACUAUGCAGCAGUCAAUCAGAAGAAAUUCACACAGAGUACCAAUAAUAGCAAUGAGGAGUCUCAUUUUGUUCUUGAUGCAGCUAAAAAAGAGCUUCUUGAUCUCUAUAAAACCCUUCAAGAUGAAUCAGGAAAUUCAUCUGUGGAGUUAUUGGAAGAAUGCAGUUUUCUUGAAUCAGAGAUUGAUUUGGCUUCUUCCAAAGAAUUAAUGGAUAUGUUAAUCCAGCAUUUUCUCUUCAAAAGGAACUUCCUGAGUGUUGGACAUUACCACCUUUCUCAGAAGAAGAAAGUGAUUUUGGUGUUGAGUGUGGCACUUUUCUUGUGUUCUGCUAAAGAGAGCUGCUUUCAGUUUGUUAAUGGUGGUGGAAUGGAGCAGCUUGCUUGUGUGUUCAGUGAUGAUUUGCAGAAUUCUACAGCCAUUACAUUAAUGCUACUUGGAGUUGUUGAGCAGGCUACUCGCUAUUCUAUUGGUUGUGAAGGGUUUUUAGGUUGGUGGCCCCGUGAAGAUGACAACGUCCCAUCUGGUAUUAGUGAAGGUUAUAGUCGAUUAUUGAAGUUGUUAUUAGAAAAACAGCGUCAUGAUAUUGCUUCUCUUGCAACUUAUGCCCUUCAUCGCUUGCGUUUUUAUGAAGUUGUUUCUAGAUAUGAGUGUGCAGUACUGUCUGUAUUGGGAGGCCUUUCUACUGUUGGUAGGGUUACAGGUGCAACAUUGGACAUGCUCAUCAGUGCUAAAGUGCAACUUAAAAAGCUCCUGAAAUUGAUAAACUCACGUGGUCCAAUUGAAGAUCCUUCUCCAGUUGCCUGUGCAAGUAGAUCAUUGAUUCUUGGUCAAACAGAAGGAUUGUUGUCAUAUAAAGCAACUAGUAACUUGAUUGGUUUGUCAAAUUGUUGCUUUUCAAGUCGGGAUAUUGACAUACAUUUGCUAUCACUUGUCAAGGAGAGAGGAUUUCUUCCUUUAUCAGCUGCACUGUUGUCAUCUUCUAUCUUGCGUUCAGAAGUGGGACAUGCUAUGGACAUAUUUGUGGACAUUACAUCAUCUAUUGAGGCCAUCAUUCUGUCUCUUCUUUUUUGUCGCUCAGGGUUAAUCUUCCUACUGCUUCACCCUGAACUUUCUGCAACGGUGAUUCUUGCCUUAAGAGGUGUCGAUGACUUUCAUAAGGAAGACUGUGCUCCUCUUCGAUAUGCAUCUAUUUUAAUUUCCAAGGGUUUCUUUUGUCGCCCACGGGAAGUUGGCUUGGUUGUUGAGAUGCAUUUGAGAGUGGUUAAUGCUGUAGACCGUUUGCUUUCUUCAACUCCACAAUCAGAGGAAUUUUUGUGGGUGUUAUGGGAGUUGUGCGGUCUUUCUAGGUCAGAUUCUGGGCGCCAAGCUUUGUUGGCUUUAGGACACUUUCCGGAGGCUGUGCUUGUUUUGAUGGAAGCAUUACAUUCUGUCAAGGAAUUGGAGCCGGUUACCACCACUGGCACUUCACCGCUAAAUCUUGCAAUCUUUCAUUCAGCUUCUGAGAUAUUUGAAGUUCUUGUUACUGAUUCAACUGCAUCUUCUUUGGCUUCUUGGAUUGGGCAUGCUAUGGAGCUUCAUAAAGCUUUACAUUCCUCGUCCCCUGGAUCCAAUAGAAAAGAUGCUCCGACACGGCUAUUGGAGUGGAUAGAUGCUGGUGUAGUUUUUCAUAAAAAUGGGGUAACUGGUCUUCUACGAUAUGCUGCUGUCUUAGCUUCUGGAGGAGAUGCACACUUAACUUCAACAAGCAUUCUAGGAUCUGAUUCGAUGGAUGUUGAGAACGCUGUUGGAGAUUCUUCCAGUGGUUCUGAUACUAAUGUUAUAGAGAAUCUUGGAAAACUCAUUUCUGAAAAAUCUUUUGAUGGUGUUACCCUUCGGGACUCUUCUGUGGCACAGUUAACAACAGCAUUUCGAAUUUUGGCAUUCAUUUCAGAGAACUCGGCUGUUGCAGCUGCUUUAUAUGAUGAAGGUGCAAUAAUAAUUAUCUAUGCAGUGCUAGUUGACUGCAGAUUCAUGCUUGAGCGGUCCUCUAACAAUUACGAUUACCUUGUUGAUGAAGGCACAGAAUGCAAUUCUACCUCAGAUCUGCUACUGGAGCGUAGUCGUGAAAAGAGCCUAGUUGAUCUUUUGAUACCUCUUUUGGUAUUGCUGAUCACCCUUCUGAAGAAACUACAGGAAGCUCAGGAGCAGCACAGGAAUACAAAACUAAUGAAUGCCCUUCUACGAUUGCAUCGAGAAGUAAGCCCAAAGUUAGCUGCAUGUGCAGCUGAUUUGUCCUCUUCUUACCCUGAUGCUGCACUUGGUUUCGGGGCUGUCUGUAAUCUUCUUGUGUCGGCACUUGCUUGUUGGCCUAUAUAUGGUUGGACUCCUGGCCUUUUUCAUUCUCUCCUUGCCAGUGUUCAAGCUACUUCAUCUCUGGCCUUGGGUCCAAAGGAAACUUGCAGUUUGCUAUGUAUUUUGAACGAUUUAUUUCCUGAAGAAGGUGUCUGGCUUUGGAAGAAUGGAAUGCCCUUGUUGAGUGCUGUUAGGACAUUGGCUGUGGGGACAUUAUUAGGGCCUCAGAAGGAGAGAGAGGUUAAUUGGUAUCUGCAUCCUGGACACCCUGAGGUGCUGCUUAACCAAUUGACACCGCAGCUUGACAAAAUUUCACAAGUUAUCCUACAUUAUGCAAUGACUUCAUUGGUGGUCAUACAAGACAUGCUUAGAGUUUUCAUAAUUCGAAUUGCCUGCCAAAAGGCUGACAAUGCUUCUUUGCUUUUGCAACCCAUCAUGUCAUGGAUACGUAUGCGCCUUUCCGAGUCAUCUUGUCAAACAGAUGUGGAUGCUUAUAAGAUUUACAGAUUGCUUGAUUUUCUUGCUUGCUUGUUGGAGCAUCCAUGUGCCAAGCCACUACUAUUAAAGGAAGGUGCCAUUCAGAUGCUAAUCAAAGCACUUGAGAGGUGUGUUGAUGCCACUGAAUCAGAUGGAAAACAGUUGUCAGAUGGUAGAAAUUCUGCUAAAUGUAGUCUCACUGCAUUCAGUUGGUGCCUCCCUCUAUGCAAGUCCUUAUCACUAAUUUGUGGCUCUCAUAUGUCUCGGCAUUACAUUGGGAAUUAUGCUAAGAAUGAUUUUGAACACUUGAGUAGUGAAGAUUGUUCAUUGAUUUUGCCCUAUCUGCUGAAGUUAUGUCAGAUUCUACCUGUUGGAAGAGAAUUGCUGGCUUGUCUUACAGUUUUUAAAGAAUUAGGUUCAUGUAAUGAAGGUCAAAAUGCCCUGAUGGCUGUUUUCUUGCGAGCUCGCUCUAGUGAUGAAGAACUUGAACUAGAAAAGGGGCAUGAAAGAGGUGGGAACUAUAAUGUUCUUAAUGAAUAUGAAUGGAUGAAGUUGCCUCCUUUACUAUGUUGCUGGACAAAGUUAUUGAGAUCAGUUGACCCAAGCGAUGGUUUUCCAGCCUAUGCAAUUGAGGCUGUUGGUGCAUUGUCUUUGGGUGCUUUGCGCUUUUGCAUGGAUGGAAAAAGUUUGAACUUGGAUAGGGUUUUCGCAAUGAAAUUCCUUUUUGGCCUACCUCAUGAUUUGAGUGGGAUGGAUGAUUUUCCUGAAGAAAACAUACGAUACAUACAGGAAUUAACAACACUGUUAGGUUCAAAGGUUACUGAUGAGGACUAUUCAGCUAAAUCUGAUAUGAAGACUACACUAUGUCGGGCUUCAGAUUAUGCAAAGUCAUUGUUGUUGAUGUUGCAAAAUCCUGCUGGUUCACUUGAUUUGGGUGAUAUUAUUUCUAGUGAAGAUGUUCCUUUAUCGCCAAAUGAUGUUAUACUUUCAUCAAGGAUACAUCAGAUGAUCGAUAACAGUGCUGAAAAGGUAGAAGAUUACUGUUGCUUAGGUGGGCUUGAAGAUAAGUUUCUGUGGGAAUGUCCAGAAACUUUACCCGAUAGAUUGUUGCAGACAACUCUUCCAGCAAAGAGGAAAAUGUCAUCACUGGAGGGCCCAAGUAGGCGUGCCAGGGGAGACAAUUCCCCAGCUGAAACAGUGGCCCAAGGUGCAUUUUCACGGGCAUUGGGACCACCCUCUGCCUCUUCAGGUCCUAGCCGCCGGGAUACCUUUCGCCUGCGCAAACCAAAUACAAGCAGGCCCCCUUCUAUGCAUGUGGAUGACUAUGUUGCCAGAGAGAGAAAUGUAGAUGGUGUUUCCAAUUCUAAUGUAAUUGCAGUUCAACGCAUAGGAACUACUGGUGGGAGACCUCCAUCAAUUCAUGUAGAUGAAUUCAUGGCCAGACAGAGAGAACGCCAGAACCCUGUGGUGUCGGCAGUUGGGGAGGUGGCAGCACAAGCAAAAAAUGCUGCUCCGGAGAAUGAUGCAGAUAUGGAGAAGUUCAAUAAAUCUAGGCAGAUAAAAGCAGAUCUUGAUGAUGAUCUUCAGGGCAUUGAUAUUGUGUUUGAUGGUGAGGAGUCCGAACCUGAUGAAAAACUACCUUUUCCCCAACCAGAUGAUAAUCUGCAGCAGCCUGCUUCUGUUAUAGUUGAGCAAAGUUCUCCCCGCUCAAUUGUUGAAGAGACAGAGAGUGAUGUGAAUGAAAAUAGUCAGUUUUCUCGCUUAGGUACACCACUUGCAUUGAAUGUGAAUGAAAAUCCUGAAAGUGAGUUUUCUUCAAGGAUGUCAGUUUCCCGCCCUGAGAGGCCAUUGACUCGAGAACCCAGUGUUUCUUCAGAAAAGAAGUAUUUUGAGCAGUCUGAUGACAUGAAGAACGUUAUCCCUGCUAUGACCCCUAGCAGGUAUGAUUCUGCCGGAGCAGCAAUUAGUUCUGGGUUUCCUGCUUCUACCUAUGGUAAAGCUUCUGUAUCAUCUGUACCAUUAAUGGUUGAUUCUAGGAUGGUUCAACCUAAUUUCUACUUGAAGAACAGUUCACAGCAAGCUGGUAAUAUGGCUCUAGCUACAGGAUCUCAAGGACUUUAUGAUCAGAAAUUUAUGCUGAAUCAACCUCCUUUACCUCCAAUGCCGCCACCACCAACGAUCUCACCCAUAAUAUCUCAAGCCCCUGACCCUGCUCUGAGUCAAUCAUCUUCAUUUGUGAACACUGCAACAGAUGUGCAGCCACCACUGCCCACUGCCUUCCAAGUUCAGUCAGAGUAUCUUUCUGCUUUCACCAACAGUUCUACAUCAUUAGCUUCUUCCCUUUCAAUGCCAGAUUCUAAAUACUCAAGGGCCUCACUCUCUUCACCCAGUGGAUCUGCUAGGCCUCCACCUCCACUUCCUCCUACCCCACCUCCUUUUUCGGCUGCUCCAUUUACUUUAGCAUCUUUAAAAGUUUCUGUUUCCUCAUCGUCAGUAUACAAUCAAACAAGUGGUGCAACAACUGAUCUUCCUCAGAUCUCUGGUGCAUCUUUAACUGAUGCUCGAUUAGGCAACCUCUCAGCAUCAGGGACUAGACUUUCUUCUUAUCCUCCUCCACUAGUGCCUCCCUUGGUUUUCAGUAGGCCUGCUUCAAUACCUGUAAGCAUUUAUGGAAGCACCACAACCCAGCAGCAGGGCGAGAAUCCAUCAAAUACUAUACAGAAUCCUCCCAUUCCUCAACUUUCCAUUCAAUCAAUACAAUCUUUUGCUCAGUUGCAGCCACUGCAGCCACCACAGCUUCCACGUCCCCCACAGCCACCUCAGCAUCUUAGGCCACCUGUUCAACCUUCACAACAACCAGAGCAAGGGGUGUCUUUACUACAGAGUCCAAUUCAAUUGCCAGUGCAGCCAUUACAGAUGUUGCAACAGCCCCAAGUUUCUCCUCUUCAUGUCUAUUAUCAACAGCAACAGCAGGAAAACUUUCCACAUGUGCAGCAACAGCAGCAAGUUGAACAUGGCCAACAUCAAGUUCUACGUCAGCAAGGAGAUAGUUCAUCUCAGCUGGAGCAAGAUUCAGGGAUGUCAUUACAACAGUACUUCAGUUCCCCUGAAGCUAUUCAGUCUUUAUUGUGUGAUCGGGAUAAACUUUGCCAGCUCUUAGAGCAACAUCCCAAGUUAAUGCAAAUGCUUCAGGAAAGGUUGGGCCAGCUAUAACAACAUGAAUAGAGAAAUCCAAGUAUGUUUUCAUCUCUUCACAAAGAAGAUACCCCUCAUGACGUUUGUCUUCCUCUCAGACCUGUAAAGUAUUGCUCAGAUACCAUGUAAAUACUGUCACAGUCCCUAUCUGGAGCCGAUAUCCUAUGCUGUGGGAACAGCCAUCACCGAUCAGCAUUAACCCUUUGCGAGCCCCCUUAGUCAUGACUUGUCUGCAGAAAUUUUGUAUCAAUGUAGUACUGUAAUAUAAUUUUGCAUGGAAAACAUUGUUUUAACAGUCUUCCAUGCCGCAUGUUAAAUUAUUCUUUCUUUUUUUGGAUUAGUAGGAAACGGUUUGAGACAGAUGACCGGAUAUGUUUCCAACCAGAUGCCAAAAGUGCUAUCAGAUUUCCUGCAACUGUUUCAAAUAUGUAAUGUGUCUCCAACAACCUAAAAACAAACCCAUAGGCCUGGUGUAGUUUAUGUGAGCAGCAGCCACUUGGGAAUUCUAAUAUCAAGCUUAAGGAGGAAUAGAGGUUUCGUUGA